AUGGUAAGGGUUAUAUGGAAGUUGUGGGAGAUAGUUUGUAAUGGUUAUGUCGAACCAAGUCCAGAAGCUGAAGCUCUCUACACUAUUGACCAGAAGAAUACUCUUAAAGAUCAACGAAAAAAAGAUAAGAAGGCUCUUUUUCUGGUGUACCAAGGAUUGGAGGAUGAUACAUUCGAAAAACUUUCUGAAGCAACAAAUAACAAAGAGGUUUGGGACAACUUGAGCACAAUUUACAAAGGAGUUGAAAGAGUAAAGAAGGUAAGAUUGCAGACUCUUAGAGGUGAGUUUGAAGCAGCUCACAUGACAGAAGGAGAAUUAGUCUCAGAUUAUUACUCACGACUUAUUACAAUUGUCAAUCAAAUAAAGAGGAAUGGAGAAAAACUUGAAGAUGUUCAUGUAAUGGAGAAGAUACUGAGAUCUUUCACUCAUAAUUUUGAGCAUGUAGUAACAGCUAUAGAGGAGUCAAAGAAUCUGGAAACGAUGAGUACAGAGGAACUUUUAGGUUCUUUGAGAGUUCAUGAACAACGUAUACGGAAGAAUUCUCAGUUAAGUUCAACGGAUCAAGCAUUGGAAUCAAAACUCACUUUUGACAAUUCAAAUAGUGAACAUGUUCGAAGGCAUACUUCUCAACGUGGAGGGACAUCUUCUUAUGGACGAGGUAGAGGUCGUGGAGGAUAUGGCAGAGGUAAAGCAAAUGUUCAAUGUUUUCAUUGUCGAAAAUUUGGACAUUACUCUUUCGAGUGUUCCAGCAAAUCUAAAGAUCAUGCCAACUUAGUUGAAGCCUCUAAUGAUGUUGAUGAAGAACCAACUUUGUUGAUAGUACAUAAAGAAUCUGUUGGACAAACGGAUGUUUGGUAUCUUGAUUCUAGAGCAACUAACCAUCUGUGUGGUCGAAAGGAAUGCUUCAUGGAUCUCAAAGAAGAAGUUGGUGGAUCGGUAAGUCUUGGAGAUGGCUCAAAGUUACUAGUUGAGGGAAAAGGAAAAAUUCAGUUGCUUGAGAAAGGUGAUAUUAUCCAUAUAGAAGAGAAUCAACUCCAUCUAAGAGAUAUAAAUGGACAACUUAUUGCUCGGGUACAAAUGUCAAAGAAUCGUAUGUUUCCUCUAUACUUACAUACUACAAGUGAACCUUGUUUUCUUGGAAUAACUGAAAGUGAGUUAGAGAAAUGGCAUUUACGAUUUGGGCACCUUAAUUACAACGGACUAAGGUUGUUAUCUUCAACUGGUAUGGUGCAUAGACUGCCAAGCAUUGAACUGUCAGAUCGUGUAUGUGAAGGAUGUGUACUUGAAAAUGAAAGAAAGUGUAAGAUUGUGUCAUUAAGAUCUGAUAGAGGUGGAGAGUAUACUUCAAAUGCAUUUCAAGAGUUUUGUAGGGAAUAUGGUAUACGACAUCAACUAACAACUACAUACAUCCCACAACAAAAUGGAAUUGCAGAACGGAAGAAUCGUACCAUACUUGACAUGACAAGAACUCUACUCAAUGAGAGAAGAUUACCAAAACAAUUUUGGGCUGAAGCAGUUGCUUGUUCGGUUUAUCUUCUCAAUCGAUGUCCAACGAAAAGUGUUCGAAAUAUGACACCGCAAGAAGCAUGGAGCGGAUAUAAGCCUAGCAUUGGUCAUUUGAGGAUUUUUGGGUGUAUCGCAUAUGCUCAAAUACCUGAUAGCAAAAGAAAGAAAUUGGAUGAUCAUGGUGAGAAAUUUAUUUUUGUGGGUUAUAGUGAAGAAUCGAAAGCAUAUAAGCUCUACAAUCCAUUAACCAAAAAAUUAGUGGUGAGUAGAGAUUUUGUUUUUCAUGAGGCAACAACUUGGGACUGGAGCAGUGACAAUGAUAAGGGUAAAAAUAAUAUUGAAGAUACAACAGUAGUCCAUGAGGAUGCAGCAGUAGGUCAAUUUAUAGCAAUGGUCAAUCAGUCUCAACUACUUCUACAAUACAGUCACCAUUAG